AUGGAACUCAACCGAGAACAUUUUCGCGCCAUAAUUUAUUACAACUUUCAGAGACAAUUAUCGCAACAAGAAUGCCCUGCUGAAUUACUGUCUGUCUUCGGCAACGAAGCGCCACAUCAGUCGACAAUUUCCCGCUGGUAUGGAGAAUUGAAACGUGGACGGGUGAGUCUUAGCGACGAUCCCAGGGUGGGUGCACCAAAAACGGCAUUGACUGAAGAGCAGAAAGCAGCCAGGGCUAAUUGGUGUCAAAAAACGCUUGACCGUUUCAAUUCCGGAAAUACAAAAAAUGUGUACAGCAUUGUUAGUGGUGAUGAAUCGUGGAUUUACUGUUAUGAAUCAGAAAAUAAACGACAGUCGGCUGUUUGGGUGUUCCAAGGUGAAGAACAGCCAACAAAAGUCAACCGUUCUCGAAGUGUUUCGAAGAUGGUCGCGACAUUUGUGUCAAAAGCGGGUCAUAUUGCAACGAUUCUUCUUAAUGAGCAAAGAACUGUUACUGCGGAUUGGUAUACCACCAUUUGUUUGCCAAAAGUCAUCACCGAGCUUCGAAAAAUCAACCCCGAAAGAAGAAUCAUCCUCCACCAAGACAAUGCAAGCUCGCACACAGCCCAAAGAACAAGGCAGUAUUUAACGGAAGAAAACGUGGAAAUAUUGGACCAUCAUCCAUAUAGUCCCGAUCUAAGUCCUAACGAUUUCUUUACUUUCCAGAAAAUUAAAAACAGACUGCGAUGGAAUAAGUGCUUCGAAAAUUGGUUCGAGCGCAUGCAGAUGUCUAUUAAUCUUCGUGGAGAAUACUUCGAAAGACAAUAA